AUGUCUCAACAGGUUAAAGACGUUUAUUCAGGCAUGAAGAAGAUCUUUCCAGGUUCGCAUCGUAGUAAUAGUUUUCGAAUGAGUGGUACAGGUCUCGAGUCCGAGUUCUCAACAGAAGCACAAGCUAUUGCUUGUGAAAAGACAACAAAACGAAAGACUCGACCGUCAAGUUUCUCAUUUACUAGUUGGAAAGACAAACAUUGUGCAUCAUCCGAACCAACGCCUGUGGUCAUGUCCCUCCCGUAUGGUGCAACAGCAGCGACACCGAAAGCAAAAAAGACCUCAGAUAAUAUGGAACGGAAUUCACUCACACAAACGAUCACAAAUGCUUUUCAAUCAUCGCCACUUUUUAGUGGCAAUCGAAAUAGCAAAUAUAUGGUGCCACAACGCAACAGUCACAAGACAACAAAAGAGGUUACAAUGCCGCAGUCUGGGGUAUCUACUGUGACUGUUGAUCCACCAAAAUUGGGAGGUCGAAGUAUAAGUGCUGGGGGGGAAUUUCCACCUUCUUUUAGCAACCGGACACUUGGCAACGCUGGCAAUAUGCCACUUCGUCAUUGUCCAAAUCUCGAAAAAUCAGCGAUCGGAGGAACCAAUCACAGUUUGAUUAGUUUUCACACGGUCAAGACAGCUCCAAGUUCAUAUCAAUCAAGCUCAACAGCAUUUUCAGAUCUAACAGCUUCAAGUGUCAAUAAUUCAACAUGUUCGACAUCCUCAAGUUCUCCAUUGUCUACAGAUCCUACACUUGAUUCGCCUGAAUCAACAGAUAAGAAGAUGAGGGUACGAAAAACACGUGAACAAGAAGCAACACAAGUCCAAUCGUCAACGUGGAAUUCCGAUAGUGAAGACGAGUACGAAAAUACGAAACGACCAACAAGACUUGAUCGACGAUCUCAAAGUAUGGAUUUUAUGGAACAAGCACCGACUCAUUUAAUUGCGAAACUUUGGCGUAAAUUACCGAUUCAAGCACGUUUAAUAGGAGGACGAGGAAGUAUUGAUUUGGAUCUUCAAAAGGAUCGUACAAGUUUCUCACGUAGUUCCGAAGCACGAAAGUUUGCUCUUGCAGCUGAUAAAGCAAAAGCUCUCGAGUUACAACGUCGAUCAAGUUUUGGUCGAAAAGUAUCAGCCUCUCAUACGGUAACAGAUAUUUUAUCACCUGGUGUAACGAAAAGAUUACGAUUUGGUGGAACACCGACAAUUAUUGUGACUGAUCCAAAUUAUGGACCAGCAGCGUAUACAGUUUUGGAAAGUUAUGACGAUGUACUUGUGCGAGUAUGUAAAUUUGCAUCUCAUGAUCAACGACCAACAAGUACAAAAGUACAAGAAUUUCUUGAACGUUCGUUGGCAUUUCUUCAUGGUACACGUACAAAACAUGGUAAUGUGGUGAAUAUCUCAAAUGAAGAGAUUCGAAUGUGGCGACGAUUGGCACUUCAUGAUUGGACACUUGAAGAAGUGACGACUGCUCAAGCAGCUGCGGCUUUAGGAGUCAAGGGCAAAGACGUGAGUGCACAGUCAUCACGCACAAGUUCAUUAGCUACAGAGGGAACAGAUAGCGAUAGUGACAGUCAAUCUAUGUCAAACACAAGACGAAGGUUACAGUCAUUAAGCGAAUGUGUGGCUGAGAAUGAACCAGAGAAAGAAGAAGAUGGAGACUUGGAUGUACCAUCGAAUGCAAAGUUUGAUCAGUUGUGUGCAGUGAUCAAUUGUUGUAUUAACUUUGGUCAAAUGCUGUAUAAACCAGAGGAGAUAAGUGACUUAGUUCGUCUCAAGUUUAUAGUUGAGGAAGAUGGUUGGAUUUAA